AUGGACGAUGAUCCUGACCCACAACGGAGACCUCCAUGUUGUUGUUCUCUGAGUUUUAUUUUGAAAGACUACUGCGUGGGGGCGGACGCUAAUAGAGGAUUUUGGGAGAUUCAGAGACGCAAGGAGCUGAAGAUGUUGCUCGUCUGGAGGGCGAGGCUUCUGCUCACGCUUGCCACGCUCACGAACCAGGUCACGGAGAUAAACUCUGCUCUGAAGCUGACUCCACAUUCUGCGGCAGUUGCAGAAGUUGGUGCAAAAGGCUCAUGUGGAGAGGAGGAGGCAGAGGGGAGGCAGGUGCUCAUCCACUCACUCUGGAGCCUCAUUACAGUCAAUGUGGAGACAGGACAGAGCUGUUGGUGUGUAUUUCACCUGUCAAUCACAGACUAG